AUGUCAGAUACACAGGUUGCUCACUGCUCCAGGUUUCCCCUGUUCUGUGAAAGGGAACUCUGGGUUGGAUGGAGAGAUGGGUCUUUCCCCGCCAGCCCAUCAGAUUAUAUGAAUCUGGUUUGCAUGUGUGCACUCAGCGCCCUCCAUGCGAAUAAUCGCGCACUAUUCAGUGAUGGCAACCCCACGUCAGAAACAUCAACACUGGCGCAGGCUUACCUAAACGAAGCAGAGACACUAGUCGCUAGUCGCGAUAAGACUACUGAACCUAUAGAGCUUAUCCGCUCUUACGGAUUCUUGGCUUUGGUGGGAGCUCAGAGCGGGGAUAGUGUACUGCUUCACAAAUACCUGGGCCUGUUCCAUACAAUAUCGUCUCGGACAAACUUUCACGACGAAGCCAAUUGGGCAGCCGAGAUCAGUGACUGUGAGAGAGAAGUCAGGCGUCGUCUUUGGUGGGCUAUGUACAGACUCGAAGUCCAUACCGCGUGCAUGUUUGGUACAAUGAUGCGAUGUUCAGAAACUCAAUGCGACGUAGGAUACCCGUCAGGUCUCCAUCAUCCUGCCUUUGUGCCAGGGCGUGAUGGACAGUUUGAAGACUGGUUUUCUGGUUGGAAUCUCACAACGGACCUGUAUCGUCUGCUGGAACAUGCUGUGUUGAGCCUCCGCUCCAGACGCCGGAAACAAAAGUCAAUACUGCAAGACUACUACGGACCGGAUAUCUCUCAGAUCAUGUCCAGACUUUCAGAGCUACAAGGCGAGAUUCUCCCACAAUUUGAGUCAGUCGCGUCUCGAUCGUCUGACAGCGGCCGAAAUCGAUGCGGCUUCCAAACGUGCAACAUUCUCUGUACCAUUCAUCUUGCCCGGAUGAUGGCUUCGCUCGCCAACCAACAAGGUAUUCAAAGUGUAUGUCAAGCCGCACGAGAUAUGAUGGAGAAUAUGAGCUCAAUUCUAGAUGAGUACAUACGUGCUACAGGAUCGCCGCUGUUGCAACAACUUGCUGGAGUAGGCCACAUGCUAUUGAGUACAGCCAAGAAAGAUGGGGCGACGAGCUCUCACUAUCAGGACUUCCGAGAGGUGGUGACUCUGAUCGUUGACCUUCUGGCCCGCUUCAGCGAGUUUAGUUCUCUGGCUGCGGAUGCGAGGACCAGAAUAUGUGCCGAGUUACGAGAGUUUGACGAGAAUGUCCAAAGUCUUGACCAAACUUCGGUAAUCGAGAGGGAUGAGAGCAUAGACGAAGUCUCUGAUCCAAUGUCAUACUUGGAUCUUGCGAUACUUGAUGGGCCAUUCGAUGACCAGGAUUUCAUGAACGCCAACCUACUGAAAGGAUUUGCCUGGCCAGAUCUAGGAUAA